AUGCUUUCUGAGUAUCGAAAGCGAGCCUCAUUUGACAUUCAUCGUAUGCUGGAUGUUUUUGAGGAUGAAUCAAGCCGACAAUAUCGAGAAAAACUAUGGUCAAUUUUAAAGUCGAAGCCAAUAUUUAAACACCCACAAAAUCCACUAACGCUUGAACAGUACAAACAUUUAACCUAUUUACGAUAUCAAGAGUUGUGUAAAUCAAAAUUAUUAACUGAUGAAGAAAUGUUUGAUAAUCCACGGUUUAAAAUUGUAUUAGAACAAGUUUUAGCCAUGUACGAUUCAUCUUGCCAUGCUAAAUAUACGUUACACGUAACGUUAUUUCGUGAAACUAUUAGAACACUCGGAACAGAAAGACAUGAACAUAUACUUAAUGAAGAUGCAAAUAGAGAAAUAUUUGGCUGUUUUGCAUUAACAGAAUUAAGCCAUGGUUCAAAUACGAAAGAAAUGCGGACGACAGCAACUUACGAUCCGAUCAGCGAGAAGUUUAUCUUGAAUACUCCAGAUAUUGAAGCAAUGAAAUUCUGGGUAGGAAAUUUAGGUUAUCACGCCACACAUGCUAUCCUUUUUGCACAGCUAUAUACGGAAGGUGUAUGUCAUGGACUACAUCCAUUUGUAGUGCCAAUUAGAGAUCCGUUGACGUAUCAAGCCUAUGAUGGCGUGGAAGUGGGUGAUAUUGGAGAAAAACUUGGUUGGAAUGGUUUAGAUAACGGAUUUUUAAUUUUUCACAAUUAUCCUGUUGAUCGAGUAAAUCUUUUAAACCGUCAUGGUGAUGUGCUAGCUGAUGGUACAUAUUCUACACCAUUCAAAACGUCAAAUAAGCGUUUUGGUGCAAGUUUAGGCGCUUUAUCGUCUGGACGAGUUGGUAUUAGUAGUCUAGCAAUUGGAUUAUUGACUAAUUGUAUAACUAUUGCUGUAAGAUAUUCUUGUGUUCGAAAACAAUUUGGGCCAUCUCCUGGCGUUGAAAUACCUGUUAUUGAAUAUCAAACACAAAAUUGGCGUCUUAUUCCAAUUAUAGCGUCAUUAUAUGUAUUCAAACAUUUAGCAUUGACUGUGUUCGAUAAUUUGGCAGAAUUUUAUGCUUUAUCAAUGGUAAAAGAAGAUCAAAAUUUACUCGCUGAUAUGGGUAGAGAAAUUCACUCAUUAUCAUGUUCGUGUAAAGCAAUAACAACGUGGAAUACUCAGAAAGCCAGUCAAGAAUGUCGAGAAAGUUGCGGUGGUCACGGAUAUUUGAAGGGUAGCUUAAUAAGAAAAGUUAACUUUUUAAAAAUUUGA